CCACGAAAACCACCGCUCACGACGGCCCUGGCCUUCACUAAAUCGGCUGUCACUUUGCUUCUAUGCCCUAGCUCUCCUCUCUUCUGGUUUCUGCCCUUCUGGACUCUGGUAUAGGCUCUGUAGGCUGUAAAGGAGCAAAUUUGGAGUACAAAAAUUUGGUCUUGGGAUUAGGAAAGUGCAAGGAUAGUUACGAUGGCAUACCAAGGAGGAAACCUAAAGUCGACAUCCAUAAAUGGGGUGAAGAUGUACACGGUAGCUGGACAACACCGGUCAUUGGCCACUUGGCUUCCACCGAAGAAGAUUAGAGCCCUUCGCAAAGACAAAAAUUAUAUGGAAAGGGUGGAUUUGAUCCAGGAUUUAAGAUUUGAAACUGCAACAACUAGAAUUAAAGCUACCCCAGAUGGCGAAUUUCUCAUUGCUUCAGGUAUCUAUCCACCACAAGUCAAAGUAUAUGAGUUAAGGGAGUUAUCAUUGAAGUUUGAAAGGCACCUGGUAUCGGAGAUUAUUAACUUUCAGGUGUUAAGUGAUGAUUAUUCAAAGCUUGCGUUCCUUUGUGCUGAUCGUUCUGUUUGUCUACAUGCUAAAUAUGGAAGUCAUCACAGUUUACGCAUUCCAAGGAUGGGAAGGGAUAUGAUAUAUGAUUGCUGGUCUUGUGACUUGAUAUGUGCAGCCUCUUCUCCAGAUCUUUACAGAAUUAACUUAGAGCAGGGACGAUUCCUAUCUUCUCUUAGUACACAAUCUCCAGCACUAAAUGUAGUCUCUAGAAGCAAGUAUCACGGGCUAAUUGCUAGUGGUGGUGAGGAUGGUGCUGUCGAAUGCUUUGAUAUGCGAAUAAGAUCUUCUGUUGCUAGGCUUGACACAGUCACAUCUGCUAAUGAUGGUGGCCAGGAGGUUACUGCUCUAGAGUUUGAUGGAGAAGGAGGCUAUCACAUGGCUGUUGGAAGUAGUGGUGGAAAGGUAAUGAUAUAUGAUUUACGUUCGUCAGCUCCUCUCCGAGUAAAAGAUCACAUGUAUGGAAGCCCCAUAUUGAACAUCAAAUGGCAUCAAACUCUCAACUCUGAGCGACCGAAGCUAAUUACUACUGAUAAGCAUAUUGUCCGGAUUUGGGAUCCGGAGACUGGGGAAGGAAUGACCAGUAUCGAACCAACAGGUGGAGCCAUUAAUGAUAUGUGCGUUUUUGGUGAAAGUGGACUGAUGCUAUUGGCUCUGGACACCAGCCAGAUCCCUUCUUAUUUCUUGCCGGCCUUGGGACCUGCUCCAAAGUGGUGUUCAUACUUGGAGAACUUGACUGAAGAGAUGGAGGAGGAUGCACAAACUACUAUUUAUGAUGAUUACAAAUUUUUGACUAAAGAGGAGCUCGAGAAGUUGAAUUUGACAAAUUUAAUUGGCACAAAUCUUCUUAGAGCCUACAUGCAUGGGUUCUUUAUCGAUUUCCGCCUGUAUAAAAAGGCGCAGGCAGCGGCUAAUCCAGUUGUGUAUGAAGAGUAUAUAGAGCGGCGGAAACGGGAGAAGGAGGAGGAGGAACGUAGCACCCGGAUUACGAUUAAGAAAAAACUGCCCAAGGUUAAUCGGGUUCUUGCAAAACGACUUCUUGAAGACGAGGAAUUAGAAGCAACUAAAAAAGAGACUUGUGAUACUACUACCGCUGAUGCUAAGAAACCAUCCAAGAAAAGAAAGGGACUCACUCCUGAAGUUCUCCAAGACGAACGGUUCACAUCUUUGUUUAAGAAUGAGGAUUUCGAAGUCGAUGAAAAGUCACAAGAAUAUCGGGCUCUGCAUCCUUUAGCCGCACCAGUGCAGCAGUCUUUGGUGAAGGAACAUUUUGAGCCAUUUAUGGACGACGAUGAGGACCAAAACGAUUCAGAAGAAUUUCAGUCUUCAGAUGACGAACCUACAAACGAUAAAACUAAAAACGCAACGAAAACUCGAGCUCCAAGAUUGUAUGAAGUUAAAGAUGAGCGGCACGCAGAAGCAUUUGGAAACCGGAGGUCACUUGCAAAAGAAGAUGCUUUGCCGCUAGAAGAGCGGGUAAAAGCGAUGGCAAAUAAUAAUAACCGAGGUUCAAAUGCGUUCAACAAGGUUAAAUUGGGACCCGGAGGAUCACGAGAAAUUUCGUUCAUUUCUCGAAGCAAGGGGAAGUAUGAGGAAGACGAGUACGAUGAUGAUGAUGAUAACCACCGUGAAAAGAGAAGAGGAAUACAGUCACUUGGGCUGAAGUCUGAUCGAUCAGGAUUUCAGGGCCGUGGCCGUGGACGUGGUGGUGGAAGAGGGCGAGGUGGAGGUGGAGGUGGAGGUGGAGGCAGAGGUGGUGGAAGAGGGAGGAGAGGUGGCGGAGGUGGUGGCAGAAGAGGGCGGGGAGGAGGCGGAGGAAGAGGAAGGGGCCGGCGGUGA